UCUAAAUGAGAAUUACAGCUGCCUCCAUUGCCAGGUGUCAAAGGCCAGCUAGAAUAGCUCGAAAAAGUUCCAACACAAAUUAUCUUGUAAAUGUGGUAAAAAAAAUUGUUCCCCUUAAUGUUUUUUUUUAAGAUUCAAAGAAAUGUUUAGAAAUGAAAAUAAGCAGUAUACAAAUUCAUAAAAAUCUAAAGAUUGUUUUUAAUGAUCUCCACGGGUCUAGCACAUUUCAUACACAAGUUAAGUCAAUGUGUUUUACAUGGCAUGUUAUUGACAGUAACAGUAAUUUGUCAACAUUUAUUUUCCUACUGUUUUUUUAAAAAUAUAUUUUGUACAAGUUCAGGAAUUGAAGUACUAUUCUUUUCCAACACCUUUGUUCUUGUUAUUCUUUUUACACAAGUAUCUGUAUUUUCUACUUUUGCCACCUGAGAUAAACAGUAAAUUUCAGGGUUACCUGGCAUAGCAGACACAUAUUGAUGCGUGAUUAAAUUUGCCGAAGGAAUCGAUUAUAUAUGAGGGAUCCAAAUUCCAACAUCGCUCUCGCGGGUCUUUGGCCCCCGCGUUGAAUCAUCGCGAAGUUUCGUGCUGUUUCGUAUUUUGGGUGGCAGGCAGCACGCAGCGGCAGCCGCUCGCAGCCCAAUGGAGGCAAGUCCAAGAAAGGUGGAGACUCCUGUUCAACUUCCUGCACAAUACUCUUGAAACACCGCCAGGAGAGAAGACGGGUGGCUGCUACUUGGGCAAGGGCGAAUGGAUAUACGACUAUCUCCCCCACCCCUCAAUACAAUCACAUCGUAGUUGUUAACCGUUUAUACGCCCAUCUACCUGGCUUGGAGGUCGCUAGCUCGAUCCGCGAGCCUGCUGAAUAAGCGAUUGGCAACGUUUGAUAGCAAAGGCGGUUCGAAGGAAAGGAAUGGAGGUUGUUGUAGAGUUUGACUACGAAGCACUCCAUGAAGAUGAGCUGACCUUGCGAAAGGGGGAUCUCAUAAAGAAUGUGUGCUGCAUACACGAGGAUGGCUGGAUGGAGGGAGAUCUCAAUGGCAAAAGGGGGCUCUUCCCUGACAACUUUGUUAAGGAAAUAAAACAGGAGGCCAAGGAAGCAAGAACUGACCCCAAAGAGGAAUCUGCACAGCCUCUGAAGAGGGAGAAGUCGAUUGGGAAUGUUGCCAACUUGGUUCAGAGAAUGAGUACUAUUGGUAUCCCAACAGGUGGUUUCCAGCCACGACCAUCAGCCCCCACAAAAAAGCUGAAGAAGAGACAGUGCAAAGUAUUCUUUGAGUAUCAGCCACAGAAUGAAGAUGAGCUGGAAUUAAAAGUUGGUGAUAUUGUAGACAUCACUGAAGAGGUUGAAGAAGGCUGGUGGAGUGGUGUCAUUAAUGGCAAGUCAGGACUUUUCCCAUCCAACUUUGUCAAAGAGGUGGAAGUAACGAAAGAAGACGGAGACUCAAACGACAGUACGGCAGAUGAGGCUGAUGGACAAGGUGUUGAAAACUCAGGUACCUUGUCCUCGCCACAGCCUGCUUCGGGCAAUGGAGCCAUUGUCCAGCCCAAAAAAAUCCAACGCAUCGGUUUUGGUGAUAUUUUCAAAGAAGGGUCAGUAAAAUCAAAGGUUCGAAUCCCCAAUCUGGAUACAGGAGAAAAGAAAGAAAAUCCAAUCCCUUCAUUACCAUCAGUUGCAAAGCCUCCCUUUCCCAACAUGACAGAAUUGCAGAAGGGUGAUGGAGAGAGCAACUCCAAAGCUAAAGAAUUCUGUAAGGUCACCUUUGCUUUUGAAGCUACAAAUGAGGAUGAAUUGACUUUGCAUGAGGAUGACAUCAUCACUAUUAUAAGCAAGAACACAGGAGAGCCCGGGUGGUGGCGAGGGAUGAUUGGAGGAAAAGAAGGCGUCUUUCCUGACAACUUUGUAGUCAUGCUGUCAGAGACAGAAGAGGCUUUCAUUUCUAGAGAGUCACGCAAGUCCUCACUGAAGCAAGACUCUGAAGAGAAACCAAAGAAGCCACCUCCACCAUCAAAACACAUAGCUCUCAAACCAGAGGUUCCCAGUGCUGAUAAGAAGCCUCAUACUGUCAAGCCAGAGGACAAAGUUGACAAGCCGAUGCCAGAUCCAAAACCAUCCAAGCCUGCUGCACCACUCCCACCCAAAAAGCCAGUUCCACCUCCAGUUAAGGGGAAACAAGGGAGCCUCCCACCAAAGCGGCAAGACAAGAUUUUGACUCCACCAUCAAAUUUAAAACAUAACGGGGAGGUGCAUACAUCUCGUCCAAAGCCUGACUUGGAGUUAUUACUGCCCCCGAAACCCAAAACACCCUCAGCAGACACGGGAGAGAAAUCCUUUGAAUCACCUCUGAUGAGUUUUGAUGAGGUGUCAUCUACCUCAGAAAAGCUGUCCCAUCCCACUGCGAACAGACCAAAGAUUACUGGAAGGAGGUUGCCCGCCCAAUUUGGAGGAGGACUAUCACCCAACAAAGAAUUUGUCGUGGAGAAAUCUUUCAAGAUGGAUGAGGAGGAUGGCGCCAAGCUAAAGCCUGUAGAACCCAGAAAGCCUUCCACACACAACCUGUCUCCUUCCCCGUCAUUCCAUAAAUCCAGUGCCGAGGCCAAACUCAGUCCAGCAGUCCUAAACUCAAGCUCAGACAGCAGUUCUCAAGGAAGAGAAGAUCCCAAAUCCCAGAUGGAUGAUCUUAGAAGUCAGAUGAAGGAUCUGCUGCUGUCAGUGGAGCUGUUCAAGGCCCAGCAAAUGAAAGAAAUAGCUGAGCUGCGUGGAGAGCUGGAUCAAGAAAGACUAAAGCGUGUGGCGCUGCAGAUGGAGCUCGAUAAACUGAAGAUGGCUGUCCACUCAACGUGAAGCUAAGCUCAGGGCACGCUUCAUGGUCCAACUGCUAGCCUGGCGAAACAACUAGAGAGCCCGGUGUUGGGGCAUUGCGGAGGUGGAGGUGGACAACCAUCAGAGAGAGGGUGCAAUCAUUUUAAGAUCUAUGAAAAUCAAAUCCCCAUGUUUGUAAGAUUUAAAUUUUUUGCACAUAUUUUGUUUUUAAGAUGGGAUGUAAUUAGAUUACUGAUGUAUAUGAUACAUUUUCUUUGCCAACACAAAAAACGAGGCCUUAUUUCAAACUACUGUGCUCACUUAUGUCUUCAUUUCACACCUGCACUCAUCAAACGCCUCAUAAGAGGUUCGCUCUCAGUACUACUGACUAGAUAUACAAAGCAGGGGGUCCUUAUUGCUCCACCUUUUUUUUCACUCCUAUUUUAAGCACAUUUUUUUCUUUUAACAUUUUCCUUGAAACCAUUUCUCUUUGCUCUUAAGGCGCAUGCUGAAGCUGUAAUUUAAUCAUUCCUAGCAGCGCCUUUGAAGAAGCUCACUCUUUAUUUGUCGCCCCCCCCCCUUUUUUUUUUUUAUGCAUUUUCUAGUGUUCCUAUCCUGGGAAACACUACUGUGCCUGUCAAAAAAAAAAAAAAAGCUCUACUAAUAAUUACACAUUACCAUUUAACAUAACCGUCUGAAAAUAGGGCAUCUCGAUAUUGUGUACGCGUAUUUUUUAAACUUUACUGAGAUACUCUUGAGGGCCUCUCCUAACCACCAUGGUAUGAUAUAACAACACUUAGAUGACGGAGCAAACUUUGGUUAUUUUAGUCUAUUUUUCACAUUCGUAUUCAUGCACCCACAUAGUAACUAUUUUAUUGGCUGGCAACCAGUUCAGGGUGUACCCCACCUCCUGCCUGGAGAUAGCUGCCAUGGGCUCCGACAUUCCAGCGACCCCUGUGAGGAUUAGCGGCUCAGAAAUUAGAAUUUGGCAAUAACCUUAACAGUCACACAUGGUUUUAUCCUCUAUGCCUUUACAAUAAAACCCCCACCCCUCCAUAAGAUGAAAUGUUUUUUCUUCAGUGUUUUUACAUGUACAGUCGUGGCCAAGUUUUGAGAAUGACACAAGGAUUGGUUUUCACGAAAUGGGCAUGCUGUCAAUCCACUUCUGAGCCUCAUCUUGACUGAUGGCAGCCCAUUCUUACAUAAUCAAAGCUUGGAGUUUGUCAGAAUUUGUCGGUUUUCGUUUGUCCACCAGCCUCUUGUGGAUUGACCACAAGUUUUCUAUGGGAUUGAUGUCUGGGGAGUUUCCUGGCCAUGGACUUGGAAUGUCAAUGUUUUUCUCUCUGAACCACGAUGUUAUCACUUUUGCCUUCUGCCGAGGUGCUCCAUCAUGCUGGAAAAAGAUUUGUUUUACACCAAACAGUUCGUGGAUGGUUUGGAGAAGUUGCUCUCAGGAUGUUUUGGGACCUCUCUUUAUUAAUGGCUGCUUUAAGGCAAAAUUGUGAGUGAGUCCAGUCCCUUGGCUGAAAACCAACCCCACACAUGAAUGGUAUAAGGACGCUUUACUGUUGGCAUGACAACGCAUGGUAGUGCUCACCUUUUUUUCUCAGGACAAGUUAAUUUUGAUGGCAAAUAGGGACUUUGCAAUUAAUUUCAAUUCAUCUGAUCACUUUUCAUAACGUUCUGGAGUGUAUUCAAAUUGCUGUCAUAAAAAAUGAGGCAGUAGAAUUUUUUUUAACAAUAUUUGUGUCAUGUGUCUUUUUUUUUUUUUUUUUUUUUUUUUCAGCGUUGGCCCGAGUACUCCUUCAUAUUUUUGGUUUGGGUUCAGAUUCUGAGUCUUUGGUUCAAGAAAACUGGAAAAAACAAUAAAAGUUAGGUGUUUAAUAAAAUCUGCUUUUGUUGAAGAUAAUCCUUCCUGAAUGGCUCUAGAAUUUGAAGUAACAAUCAUCCAGUGGUUUGCUUUGGUCACCACCAGUUUAAAGUCUGUCAAUGAUUCAGUUGUGCAUGGUAUAUUGAGGUCAGUUUCUCUUCCCCCACGCCCCCCCAAGUUUGAAUCCCUAAUUGUUUGAUGUUGUUUCAAUUCCAAUCCAUGUACAAUCAAUCCUUGCUUAACUGAUUCUGAUUGGUGCUGUGCCAUACCUUUGAAACACCAUGUACCCAACUUGACCACUGUUGCACGUUAAACCAUUUUGAGCGACUUCCUCACUAUGACUUCGAACUGUAAAACAUUAUCUGGCCUCAGCAAGUGUUGGAACAUGUUAGCAAGCUGCCUGUUCACAAUAUCAGCAUCGUGCAUAAGCUACAUGCUAUAGAUAAGAUGUGAGAAAGAUCAAUACCAUGACACUAUCCCACACUUCUCUCACAACACCCUCUUUGGCCUCCUGUAAUGUGUACCAUACAUGCCAGUACCGAUUAUCAUCUUUAGUUUUAUUUUAUUAUUUUUUUAAAUCUCACCAAAGUCUUAAAACAAGUUACUUCCGCAGUAUAUUCUCCAGCAUUUGUGUUUGUGUUGCUGGUCAUUUAAAAGGGCUUUCGUGCUUUUCAUUUCUUUUCUGUUUUCCUCUGAAUGCUCUGACAAAGUUGUUGACAUCAGUCUGACCUUUGCAAGGCUUUCCACGCGAGCAUUAUGUCUGUGCCUGACGUUAUACAAUCUCCCUUUGAGCCUUUUCGAUGGCACGGCUGCUCUAUUUAAUAAUCACAUUGUGGGUAAAUGGGAUCAGGGAUAGCCGUUGAUGUAAUAUCUACUGCCGCUUUCCAUUUAUGUACUGUACAUUCCAGGGAUUUACACCAAGAAACGAAGGAAUCUGCACAUUUAUCAUUUUAAUUUCAAAAUAAUUUUGUUUACAAGAGUUGUAUCCUUGCAUGAGCUGAGAUUCUUUCCAAAAAAAUACAAAAUAAAUAUAUUU